AUGCCUAUUACCUCUGACCUUUGCCCUGUGUGUGAGUUGGAAAGUGAAUCUCACUGCCACCUAUUCAUGGACUGCAUUUUCACUAAGAAACUUAUAGCUGAAAUCUGUUGCUGGUUUGGUGUUUUUUGUUGGAAAGCUCGUCGGGAAUUUCGAUCUCUUAAGGGCCUUAUAGUGCUGCAAGCACAUGUUCGUGGCCACUUGGUUAGAAGACAAGCUGUAUCUACUUUAUCCUGUGUGAAGGGAAUUGUUAAGUUCCAGACUCUAGUUCGACACCACAAGGGUGCUAUAUAUUCAAAUUUCAAAGGAGUUGGUACAUCUACUGAGGUCACGAGGCUGUCGAAAAAUGCAUUUGUUUCCAAUCUUCUUGAUUCAUUGCCUACUGCGGUUCCACUGCAUCUCCAGUAUGAUUCUAGAGAGCCUAACUCUGCAACCUUGUGGCUUGAACGUUGGACCAUCUCCCGUUUCUGGAAACCCUUUUCUGAACAAAAGGAAAACUCUGAAUUAAAAUCACGCAGGAAGCAUGAGAGCUCUCGAUCAAUAGAAACUGAACAAGACAAGUCAAAAAAAAGAUCGAGUAGACUAUCUAGUGCAAAAGUUGAAAUUGGAUCAGAUUCUGAAAAGCGCAAUCGUAACCCAAGGAAAGUUUUAAGUCUCCCUGUAAAUUCUGUUCAAGAACAUUCACAAAAUGAGACUCGUAAAGUUAAGACUAGUUUAAGAAAAGCUACUGAUCCCUCGAAGGAGCGUUCAGAUCAAUUUGAGGUUCAGAAUGCACAACCGAAACGCAAAAUGAGGAAGCCAUUAGGCUCUGCUGCUCCUGAUAUUUCAGAGCCUGAAGCUAAAGUUUGUGAUUCUACUGAGAAGUUGAAAGAUAUUGAGGUGGUAGCACCAAACCAAUCUGAACUCGAGGACUUGGAACUGCAUAAAUUUGAUAAUCCUGGUGAUAAUUGCCAAUCUUCCAUUAGUUUGCAGCCAAUAGAGAUUAUGGGGAAAAAUAAAGAUAUUAAAGAACUAAAUCAGGAGUUAAGCUGCAAGGAUGAUUGCAUACGCAAUGAUAGCCAGAAAACCAGUCAAAGAAGAGCUUCUUUGCCUCCAAAGUUUGACCCUCAAGAGAAUGUUGUACAUGACACACCGAAACUGCCUAGCUAUAUGGCUCCAACUGAAUCUGCAAAAGCUAGACUGAGAGGACAAGGUUCACCACGGCUUUCACGGGAUGUUGUUGAGAAAAAUGCUUUAUUGAGACGGCAUUCUUUGUCUUCAUCCACCAAUAGCAUGUUGACUUCACUCUCACCACGAGCAUCCAAGCUUGUUCAAGUAACAGGCAAAGGAGUGAUCAGAGGUGACAGAUCUUUGUCAUCUUCUAGAGAUGGUGGAGGGGGAUGUAUUCCUUUAACCUUGAUCACUCCUUCCCGUGCCUGAGUUUUAAUCAGAGAUGCAUACCUUGCAUAGUACUUAGUAUGGUGCCAUCAAAUGAGGAGUCCAUGGGCUUGUGGUUUACAAUCACUUGUAAAUUAUCCUUUUCUACUGGGCUGUAAAAUCUAAUGAUCUUUAAACUUAGUAUAAUGGGUGUGGCGCAGCCUAAUGAUUAUCUCCGAUAAUAAUUAUGUAUGACAUCUUAUUUGUUGAGAAUUGUAUGUAUUAUGAGCUCAAUCUAUUGUAUCAUGAAGAUUUUUCAGCAUAAGCAAAAGUGAGGUUUAUGAUGUUCUUAGGCAGUUAGGCUCUAUGACCCUGAGACUUUCAAGGAUAAUUUUCAGGAAAAAGUUUUAGGUGUCUUUGAAAAUACAUAUUUUCUUGUUCUCCACUUAUUACUUUUCUAAUUAACUACCGUGUUAUAAAGAUUGACAAUGACGAUCCAUCAUGAAUUUUUAUAAGGUGUUUGCUUUGUUCAUCUAUCUAUUAAUUUAUUUAAGAAAAAAUAGUGAGAAGAAGCCUACUUUUAUAGGUGGAGUAAUUUUUUUUUAA